AUGAAAAUAGCCCAUAAGAGAACUAACUCACUUAAUGAAACUACAUUUUCUAUUAUACAGCCAAUAAAAAAGCAAGAUAUAUCAAUUUUGACCCAAAAUGAAAUACUCACACAGCAUAAAAACGGAAAAAUUGUAAAAAAUGGUACAAAAAUCCCAAAAAUGCAAAAACAUCCUUUUUUGCAAAAACUUGUGCAAAAAAUUAACUGUAAUUUUGCAAAAUUUUUAUGGGUUUUUUGCAAAAAAGCAUUUGUCUUUGCAUUUUUGCAAGUUCUUCGCAUAAAAACCAAUCUCCAAGAAAUUCUUCCAAAAGUUCUCUUCCUUUUCUUCAUAAUAUCCCAAGAGAAAAAGAAGAAAUGCGAAACAGAGAAAAAUCAAUCAGAAAGCAUAUUUUAAAAGAAAUGAGCAAGCUGCAAACAAUUGACAAAGAAACUAUUUCAAGUCGUUUUAUGCAUAUUUCCAGUAAUUCAAUGACAAAUAUUACUCUUCCUCGAGUAAAUUCCAUAAUUUCACCAAUUAAAUGUCUAGGCCUAGAAAAGCCUUUUGAAUCGAUUGCUACAGAAAAAAAAAAUCGAAAGUUUAAACUUUCAUUAAGUCCUAAAAAAGCAAUAAAUUCAAUUAAAAGGUUUGAAAUAAAGCCGAUUUCCCUUUUAAAUAAACUUGAUAAAACGAUUGAGGAUUUUAGUUAUAAAUCAAGUAAUAUCAAUACGGAGCUGAAUCUAAUUGACAAAAUUGGGAAAAGAUUGUCUCUUCCUGAUUUAGAUGAAGUAGAUAAAUAUGAAGUCCCGAUUAAAUACUUAAAAGAUAUUGAAAAAACUAUGAAAGGUGAUUUUCUGCAACUGAUUUUUGAAGAAAAAGAUGCGAGCUAUUCAGCAAAGAUGGCGAAAAAGAAAAAUAUUUGAAGACAGGACAUAAAGCUGCUCAAAAAAGAUACAGACGCAGUUUUGAACUCAGUAAUGAAUAGAAAUUAA